AUGAAGCUCACCAUCUUCUUCCCGCUGGCUGCUUUCCUGACAUGGGCCGUCGCUGAUUGUCUGGAUGAUCCCAGUCCCUGCCUUGUCAAAUGUCUCGACAACGCUGCGGAUGUGGCAGGCUGUAAAUCCUCAUCUGAUUACGAGUGCACUUGCCCAAGCACGGCGUUCAAGGAGACGCUCGGUACCUGCAUGGAGACUCACUGUACCCCGGAAGACGUGACAGCUGCCGGACAAUUGCACAAGGAGCGUUGUGGAUCGGCGCCUGAGUGA